CCACGACACCCCAUCGCGUAGGACAAUGUCCUCCUCAACAGUCCAGAGACUCAUCCUAGGCGCGUUGGCUGCCAACAUCGGCCUGACCGGUAAGCAUCCGUCAAUUCACACUCACUCCGCCGUCAUCCAUUACAGCAGUCCCGUCAUCCUCCGGCAAUUGUUGUUCGGCGUUGAUCUUCCUGCGCCGCAAUCGAAAUGUCUCCGGUGUGAAGAUUGCUUAAAAUAGACCCCGUCGGAUGGGGAUUCCCAUCGACUCUUUCUUUUCCCCCGAGCUGACGAGGUAUGACGUCACCCAGGCUAUCACCUCUUCGACAAUCGCGAAAAGCACAAUUUCACCUACGAGGAGAUGGAGGCCCGCAUGGAUGAGGUCGAGGGCACCCUCCGCGGACACAUUGGUCUCAUCGAGGACAGCCUGCAGCGCAUCGAAGAUCGCCAGUUGGGGAAGAAGGACAUCAAGGGUGGAUGGGGACAGGGGAUGAGCGAGAAGGCGGAGGAGAAUUAUGCGAAACGGGGCAAGGAUGACAGGAGCAAAUGAGAGGGGAAGGUUGGAUUGAUUCGCAUGUCGAUAUCUUAUUCUUGAUCAGCACUGAAGUUUGUAUCGUCGCGAUUAAAGGAGACCCUUGAUGUAAUAUCCUUCGUGGUGAUGUUCGGGCAAGAUGCAGAACUCUGUCCGGCCGGUGGGGCUCUCGACGCCGGCUCGCAUGAUGUCAAAAUCCAUAUCAUCAAAGGACUUCUCGAGGGUCUCGGGCUUCACAGCAGGCCACGACACG